AUGGACGAUAGGUGGAGCGGCGGAAUCUCCCUGGCCGUACACGUGGCGUCCCGAUCAACGACUCUCCCGACCCUGCGCCGCGCCUAUAUACGCGCUGCAACGCCCGGGCCGGAAAAAGGAGGCGCGGCCAAGGUGGCGAACGCGCGGGAAGGAGGUGGAGGAGGGCUCGCCGCCGGCGGCGACGAGGAAGAGGAGGAGGACCGGCGGGCGGCGGCGUGGUGGAUGCGGUCCGGGUACGAGCGGAGCCGGGAGGCGUCCAUGAUGGUCGAAGCGCUGGCGAGGGUCGUCGCGGGCGGGGCGCCGGCCGGUGCUCGGCGGGAGGGUGCCUCGCCGACGCCGGCGGGGGCCUGGCAGGGCUACGGCUACGGCUACGGCGAGAUGUCGCCGCCGUCACACGCGGCACCGCCUCACGAGUACGGCGCGGCAGCGACGCCGGCGCAGCACUCGCCCGCGGCGACGGCGUCGGCCGGCCCGAGCGGGGAGAUCCCCUCGCCAUCCUCGGCGGAAAGCGGCGGCGGAGGGCAGCGGAGGCGGUACCGCGGCGUGCGGCAGCGGCCGUGGGGGAAAUGGGCGGCGGAGAUCCGUGACCCGCACAAGGCGGCGCGCGUGUGGCUGGGCACCUUCGACACCGCCGAGGCCGCGGCGCGGGCCUACGACGAGGCCGCGCUCGGGUUCCGCGGCAGCCGCGCCAAGCUCAACUUCCCGGAGUCCGCCACGCUCCGCACGCCCUCGGCGCCGCAGGCGGCCGCGGCUCCUCCUCCUCCGCCGCCGCCACAGAGGCCGGAGGCGCUGCUGGAGUCGCAGGCACUGGCGGGCGGCGGCGGCGGCGGGGAGUACUCGGAGUACGCCCGGUUCCUGCAGGGCGCCGGCGAGCCGCCCCGCUUCCUCGAGCAGACGGUGACCGCGCCCGCCGCGGCGCCGGGCUCGCCGUCGUUCCCGGUGUUCUUGAGCUUCGGAGGAGCGAGUGAAAGCAACGGCGCGGCGCGCCAUCAGUGGUGGCCGCAGGGGAGCCGGUCCGGAAGCGACGGCGGGGCGGGUCACCCGCCGCCGCCGGCGACAUGGGCGGACGCGGGCUCGGGGUGGUGGCCCGCGCCGCCGCGUGACCCGUCGGCAGGGUGACCCGCGUCGCCGCAGGGAUCGAGUUACGGCCGUCCCUGCAGUCCUGAUCCGAAUUUUUGGCCCAGUUUUUUUCCACGUCCGUUGACCAGGGGACUGAUUUUGAUCCGAGAAUACACGUUCAUACGGCAUGUAGAAUCUUUUAGGUGUAGCGGUAAAUCCUUUUCUCUUUUGUUUUUGAGAUGAGAGAUGCAUUUGUAUUCGUGGAUUCUUUUCGAAUAAGCUGUCGUUGCUUUCUCGGUGAACAUGAGAAUCUGAACUUGUCACGUCAAUGGCGCGGCGGGGGGUCCUGCGCCGGUGGUGUCCUACUCCGUUCCAGUUCAUCCUCAGCGUGCAGGCCAUUGAGUUUGAGCAACGGGCAGCAAGGCAGUCGGAUUACUGGCCGUCAGAACGCAGUGGACUAGCAACGCGAUCUUCAACGCCCGCAGCUAUCGCCGAUCAGAGCGGUGGCGCAAGGCAUUGACCAGCAGUGUAGGCUAGGCGCCCCGAAAAAAAUCUUGGAGGCAUUGCCGGAAGGGAAGGACGACGUCGACAGACGACGGCUCGACGUGAUCAGCGCGGGACGAGGACGGCGGCGUUCGCAUUUGGGGAUUUUGGAUACAGGGUCAGCGGACACCUGAGGUCGAGCGAUGAGGAACCCUAACGCGUUUGUCGCCGACGGCCGCUCGCUGUCUCUCCCACGUGCGGCGACGGCGACACCUCCGCACCUUCAAGCCCCUGACGAAGCGACGCGUGGCAGCGGGGGGAAGAGGUAGCGUGUAGCUGGGCCGAGAGCUGGGCCGGGUGGUCGACGGGGAUGGACUGGGUCGGCAUGAGGAAAAGGCCUGGCCUGGUGGUCGUGUUCGUGACGGGCCGAGGCCGAGUUGGAAAUAAAUAAAACAAACAAAGUCCAUUUACCUCUCCGUGAACUAACUUGGAAGUGACUUCGCUAAUCCACUCCACAUCCACCGAUCCACACCACUGGUAAGUGUCGUGUUCCAAGAAAUACACCACUGGUAAGUGUGAUGUUCCAAGAAAUGCCAUCGAGACAAUAGGCUUUCUUUCCAGCUUCCAAGCAAUGCAGCUUUGAUGGAC